AAAUGGGAGGAAAAAAAUGCCUUUUGUUGCUUCUGCUCUUAGUUCAGAUGGCAGGAGGGCUAUUUGCAGGGUGGCACCUUCCCCUUGGCCAUGGGGUCACUGGGAGAUUCUCCACGUCCAGGAAAUUUAAUGUCCAUUUGCAACUCAAAGAAGAUGCUUCCUUUGGACUCCAUCAUGUCUCCUUCCUUUGCGAAGCCACAGGCGCCUUUGUAGGUAGAGAACUCUGAAUUUCUUAAGAAGCCUUCAUGUGUUUCAUCAGGAAAACUUUAGGUGAUGCUGGGGUAAAGCAUGCCAAUUUAUUGGUUGGUCGAAUAAAGGUAUAAUUGUUUGGAUGUUAUUGGAUUUAUAUGGCCAACACGGCCACCCCUGGAUGUUUUUUUGGAUUUCAAGAUACUGCAUUUUAGCCAUAAUGGGGAAAUCCUAAAGAGAGAGCCAGGGCACUGGGAGAACAUACCUCCUACAAAGGUAAAACUAUUUUUGUCUAAUAUUGGGACUAGAUUGGCAUGCUUUACUUCUAUACCACCUAAAAUGCCAGUUUUCUAGCGGUCGCUAAAAUGGAUGUAGCAGAAGACGUAAAAGCCAGCCAGCAUCAGAAGGGAAGCACACAGGAAUUUUGUAAUCCAGCCAGCCAGUGAUCCAAGAACUGCACUGCACUGACCUGAAAGAAAUGGAAUGCAUCAAAAUGCCAGAGGCAAGUGGAGAAGGAAGCUUUGAGGCUACCCAACAGAGAGGAUGAACUGAGGUACAAUUGAAUACCAUUGUGCAACCAGAGACAUAUCCUUGGCUGCCACUAACAGGACCAUGACCACGGACACCAAGCAUUGCUCAGCACGUCGCAAGCAGAAGUGGUCUGUGGAUCCCCGGAACAGCACUUGGAGCAAGGAUGAAUCAAAAUUUGGCCAGAAGAUGUUGGAAAAAAUGGGAUGGUCGAAAGGCAAGGGGCUUGGAGCUCAGGAACAAGGCAAUACAGAGCACAUCCGGGUUCAAGUGAAGAACAACACCCUUGGUUUAGGAGCAUCUAUCAGCCAUGAGGACAGUUGGAUUGCUCAUCAAGAUGACUUCAACCAGUUACUGGCAGAACUGAACAACACUCAUGGACAAGAGAUUCCAGAGGCUGUACCCAGAGAGGAAAAGAAAACCUUUAGCCUGGAGGAAAAAUCCAAGACCUCCCGGAAACGGGUUCAUUAUGUGAAAUUUGCCAAAGGCAAAGACCUCUCUUCCCGAAGUGAAGAUGACCUGUCCUGCAUUUUUGGGAAACGUCAGAUCAAAAAAAAGCAGGACGAUGUUGCCAAUGCAGACCCUUCUGAGGAAACCUUGAAAGAAGAGGUUGAGCCACCUGAGCAAGUUGAUGCUGGGAAUACUGUAACCAGCACUUUAACUGUACAGGAAUAUUUUGCACGGCGCAUGGCAAAACGCAAGAAAGCCCAAUGUGGGCAAGACCUCAGGUCGGCUGAUCCUCCUCCAGCAAUAGCUGAAGAGUUGGCAUGUUUGGAAACCCAGCGAAAGAAAAGAAAGAAAGAGAAAGAGGUUGGGCCUGAGAAUGAGAGCAGAAACGCAAAGACAGUAAGCCCUGUGAUUCUUGGUUCAAGUGGGGAAGAAGAGGCUGAACUGGAUACCCAGAAGGAGAAGAGAAAGAAGAGGAAAAAAUCUAAGCACCUGAGUGUUGUUAGCAGUCUUAUUUGCAACAGGUCGCAACAUGCCAUCCCAGAGAAAGGGCUGUGUUAUGUAGAGGCAUCUGAUGCAGAGGACAGUGACUUAAGAGAACAGCAGUCAAAGAAAAAGAAAAAACACAAAAAGCUAAGAAAAGGAGAGGUGGAAAGAGCCAAGCCCAACAAGAAGAAAGAUUCUAGUUAAUGCAUCUCUGCAGACUUCUCAAACAGAAUUAGUCAACCUGCUUUUUGUACAGACAUGCUACGGUUGUACACAUUAGCCAAGUGUCCAAUAUAAAGGAUGUUUUUGGAAACGGUCAUACUCUGCAGUUUGCAACCAAUUCCCUCCUCUUAGCACAGUCAUCCACUCUUUGUAAGACAAUUAAAACUUAUACUGUGUCUUA